GUAGAGAAGAGUAGAUAGAAAUGGAGAUGAGAUUAGAAACGGACGCUGCCAGAUAAUUUUGCUGCAGAUGAUGAGAUAUUUAGCCUAUGAAAAUAAAAAUAAAAAGGAGUGAAAGAGGUCGGUAGCUGAUAAAAAAAGUUUUUUUUUUUUUUUUUCACUCUAUCCGAUGGCGUAUAUUUCUGGAGCUUUCCAACCCAACUACCUUUUUGUUCACCUUCCUAGCCCAAAAAAUCUUUUUCCCAUUUGCAUUUCUUCUUCAAGUCUGUCUUCCUUUGGGUUCUUUUCUUGGUUUCUUUUCUCUCUCGACUCUUCUUCAUUCUCUGCCUUCGGUACUGGUUUCCUUUGGUAAAUUGGUAGGUUUUAGUUUUUGAGUGAAAAUUCACAAAUGGCUAUGACUGUGGCUUCCUUGGCUGUUGGGACUCACCUCAGUGAUAAUAAUAGUAUUAUGAAAGCCUCUGAGAGUCGCGGGUCAAUGGGGACUUUGAUCAGGAGCUCCUUUGGGUUUGCCACCAAACCUUUCUCCAUUCUGCAUAAGAGACAAAGGUUAUCUUCAGUGGCUACAAUCACUCCACGAGCAUCAUCGGCUACUGCUGUGGAGGAUCCAAGUCACAGUGAAGCUGAUAUCAUUCCAACUCCUGUAGUUAUUAUCGACCAAGACUCCGAUCCAAGUGCAACUAUUGUGGAGAUAACUUUUGGGGAUAGGCUUGGAGCACUUCUUGAUACUAUAAAUGCGCUUAAAAAUCUUGGACUCAAUGUUGUAAAGGCAAAUGUCUUUUUGGAUUCUUCUGGAAAGCACAACAAGUUUGCCAUCACUAAAGCAGAUACUGGUAGAAAAGUAGAAGAUCCAGAAUUACUCGAGGCAAUUCGGCUGACAAUUAUAAACAAUAUGAUUCAGUAUCACCCGGAAUCAAGCGCCCAAUUAGCAAUGGGAGUAGCCUUUGGAGUAGUGCCACCUCAACAACAGGUUGAUGUGGAUGUAGCAACACAUAUAAGCAUCUAUGAUGAUGGCCCUGACAGGAGUUUGCUCUAUGUGGAGACAGCUGAUCGCCCCGGAUUAUUGGUGGAUCUCGUGAAGAUCAUCACUGACAUCAAUAUUGACGUUAAAUCAGGAGAAUUUGACACAGAGGGGUUAUUGGCCAAGGCAAAGUUUCAUGUAAGCUACAGGGAUAAAGCCAUUAUCAAGCCUCUCCAGCAGGUUCUUGGUAAUAGCUUGCGAUAUUUUUUGAGGCGACCAACAACCGAAGAGGCGAGUUUUUGAUUCUCAUAGAAGACCAAAUUCAGGACAAUGUAUUCAAAGGAUUUCGGCAUUGUCAAGGAACAACCUCUAUUUAAGAUUCAGAGAAACAUGUUGGGGAUAAUCUUUAGACAAUAUUGAUACGUCAACUGCUUUCAAAUCCACUUUUAAGAUGCUGUAAUCUUUUAGCCAAGAUAGAUAUGUCAAAUUCUUUGGACGGAAAAUAAAAAUAAAAAAUGCCUUGGAUGAA